UUUAGUUGCGUCGUUGCUGACUAUGUAGAGGUUUUAUGCUGUGUGUGUCCUCAUCCUAAAGACCUUACCCUUCUUAAUUCUUGCUCUUAUCCUUCUCUUUCCCGACUAUUCUCCUCAGAAUCUUCAGAUCUGCUCUGAUUCACUCUCAGGUUUUUACUCUCUUCUUCAAUAUGUACUGUGAUUCUCCAUGGGGAGUGCAUCAUCGAUGUUAACUCAAUAUGACAUUGAAGAAGUCCAAGAACACUGCAACAAGCUAUUUUCCCAGCAAGAGAUAGUGUCAUUGUAUCAGAGAUUUUGCCAAUUGGAUCGCAACGCUAAGGGUUUCAUCUCUGCUGAUGAGUUCUUAUCAGUGCCAGAGUUUGCUAUGAACCCACUUUCUCAGAGGCUGCUUAAGAUGGUUGAUGGUUUGAACUUUAAGGACUUUGUCGCAUUCUUGUCAACAUUUAGUGCUAAAGCAAGUUUACAACAGAAAAUAGAACUUAUCUUCAAAGUUUAUGAUUCAGAUUGUAAUGGGAAGGUGACUUUCAACGACAUAAUAGAAGUGCUGAAGGAUUUGACCGGCUCAUUCAUGUCUGAUAAACAAAGAGAGGUGUACCAUUUAUCACAAUCAGUAAUGGAGCAAGUUUAUUGGGCAGAAACAUAAAUCCAGGUUUUAUUUUUAUCUUUUUAAAGAACUUGCAAUGAAAAGAGGAGAUUAAAAUGAAAUGAAGAGAAACCAAUGUUUUGAAAGGCUAAAAGAAGUCUUGAGGCGUUUUACCUAAAUGAGGUGAAAUGUAAGC